GCCCCUAUUAUGCAGUAUAGGAGGAUUUGGGAAUCCAACCCAGUGUCCUGCCUGUGGAUACAUACGCAGGCACGCACAUCCCUGCUGCUGCAUCAGCUUUAUUGGAGUUUGCUGCCUUAAACAAAGCAAUUUCUAGCAGCUCUUCCAAAGAGGGAAGAAGGAACGAUGGCUUUGGACGGUAUAAGGAUGCCAGAUGGCUGCUAUGCAGAUGGGACGUGGGAGUUAAAUGUCCAUGUGACGGACCUGAACAGAGAUGUUACCCUGAGAGUCACAGGGGAGGUGCACAUUGGAGGGGUUAUGCUGAAGUUGGUGGAAAAACUUGAUGUCAAGAAAGAUUGGUCAGAUCAUGCACUAUGGUGGGAAAAGAAGAGAACCUGGCUCCUUAAAACUCACUGGACCUUGGAUAAGUAUGGCAUACAAGCUGAUGCUAAGCUCCAGUUCACUCCUCAACACAAAUUACUCCGCCUUCAGCUUCCAAAUAUGAAGUACGUGAAGGUGAAAGUGAACUUCUCUGAUAGAGUCUUCAAAGCUGUCUCUGACAUCUGUAAGACGUUCAACAUCAGACAUCCAGAAGAACUCUCUCUCUUGAGGAAACCCAGGGAUCCAACAAAGAAAAAAAAGAGAAAGAUAGAUGACCAAAGUGAAGAUGAGGCGCUUGAACUGGAGGGACCAUUAAUCACUCCAGGAUCAGGCACUGAUGUUCUUUACAUCGGCCCAGUGAAAGGAAGCAUAUAUUCAAGUCCGGGACUUUAUAGCAAAACCAUGACGCCCACCUAUGAUUCUCACGAUGGAAGCCCUCUGUCUCCAACUUCAGCUUGGUUUGGAGAUAGUGCUUUAUCAGAAGGGAAUCCUGGUAUACUUGCGGUCAGCCAGCCAAUUACAUCCCCAGAAAUCUUAGCAAAAAUGUACAAGCCACAAGCACUUCUCGAUAAAGCCAAGAUCAACCAAGGAUGGCUGGAUUCAUCGAGAUCGCUCAUGGAACAAGAUGUGAAAGAAAAUGAGGCCUUACUGCUCCGGUUCAAGUAUUACAACUUCUUUGACUUGAAUCCAAAGUACGAUGCAAUCCGAAUCAACCAGCUUUAUGAGCAGUCUAAAUGGGCUAUUCUUUUAGAAGAAAUAGAAUGUACGGAAGAGGAAAUGAUGAUGUUCGCAGCAUUGCAGUACCACAUCAACAAACUAUCAAUCAUGUCAUCAGAAAAUCACUUGAACAACAGUGACAAAGAAGUUGAUGAAGUUGACGCUGCCCUGUCUGAUUUGGAAAUUACUUUAGAAGGUGGUAAAACAUCAACGACUCUGGGUGACAUCACUUCGAUUCCUGAGCUUGCCGACUACAUUAAAGUGUUCAAGCCUAAGAAACUGACGCUAAAAGGUUACAAGCAAUACUGGUGCACCUUCAAAGAUACAUCCAUUUCCUGCUAUAAAAGCAAAGAUGAAUCCAGUGGGACUCCAGCUCACCAAAUGAACUUAAGAGGGUGCGAGGUUACUCCUGAUGUAAACAUCUCUGGUCAGAAGUUUAAUAUCAAACUUCUGAUUCCAGUUGCAGAUGGUAUGAAUGAAAUCUGGCUUCGCUGUGAUAAUGAGAAGCAGUACGCACACUGGAUGGCAGCCUGCAGGCUAGCUUCCAAGGGCAAGACCAUGGCGGACAGCUCGUACAACUUAGAAGUUCAGAAUAUUCUGUCAUUUCUGAAGAUGCAGCAUUUGAACCCAGAUCCACAGUUAAUCCCAGAACAAGUCACAACUGACAUUAAUCCAGAAUGUCUGGUUUCACCUCGCUACCUGAAAAAGUACAAGAACAAACAGCCAGGCUAUAUAAGAGACUUGAUCACAGCCAGGAUAUUGGAGGCCCAUCAGAAUGUAGCUCAGAUGAGUCUAAUUGAAGCCAAGAUGCGAUUUAUUCAAGCUUGGCAGUCUCUACCGGAAUUUGGCAUCACACACUUUAUUGCAAGAUUCCAAGGGGGCAAGAAAGAAGAGCUGAUUGGAAUUGCCUACAACAGACUGAUCAGAAUGGAUGCAAGCACAGGAGAUGCAAUUAAAACGUGGCGAUUCAGCAACAUGAAACAGUGGAACGUAAACUGGGAAAUAAAAAUGGUUACCGUAGAGUUUGCAGAUGAUGUACGGGUGUCCUUCAUUUGCACUGAGGUGGAUUGCAAAGUGGUUCAUGAAUUCAUUGGUGGCUACAUCUUCUUGUCAACGCGAGCAAAGGACCAGAAUGAAAGUUUAGACGAAGAGAUGUUCUACAAACUUACCAGCGGUUGGGUGUGAGUUUGAUGUACUGUAUACUGAGAGAAACCCCGUGGCCAUAUUAAUAUUUAACUUUAAAAGCUGUUAUUUGAAAUAUGCUGCUUAAUAAAGUAAGCUUGAAAUGUAUCUUUUUUUUUUUUUAAUCAUGGACAUUUUGCAUUACCAGCCAGUUAAUGUAUGUGCACUAACGAGCACUUCCAUUAAUCUGCUAUGAAGAGACAGUUUAGAGGCUACAUAAUGUAGCAAAUUCUGCCUCUGGUCUUUAGACACAAUGGGCAGAUCACGAACAGAUUUGACUGAGAGCUAAAUGAUAAAGAGAACUCUAAGCCAUCUAUUAUAAAGCUAUCCAGGGCUUAAACUAUAUGAAGUCUAUUUAUCAUGUUUAAUGCAUGUUUUUUCUUUAGUGUUUUUUUUUAAUACUGUAAAUUUGACCUCCUGUUUUUGAAGUCCUCCGCCCUUUGAGUAGAAUGUUGAUCUCUGUUUUCACACUACAUGAAUCAGGACAGUUGCCUGACAUUCUUUUGAAGAUAGUUGUGUGGGGCCUUGAAGAACAGUCCUCUGUUAGUCUGUUAUAGUUUGGUUUAUGUGUUAACUUUUUCCUUUGGAUAAUCGUUUAUAUUGUCUCUUUUCUUUUUACUUUUACACUGUAUUGUAUUACAACACUCUUAGUACUCACCAGCAUACUCACUGUCUGCCUAUGAUAUGCAAAUUUUUUCAUUACAAUAUGAAGUAAAGGUCUAUGAAGUAUAGGUUUUGUGUAACUUAUGUAAAAACACAAAUUUUAUAAAAUUGUACAGUUUUUUUAACUAGUCUCACAAGCCAGCUAGAAUUUUGCAUAGAUCUAGUGUGUCAGCAUUAACUAUAUAGUGCUUUUAAAAGAUAUGGAUAGCAAUUUAGAAAAAAAAAAUUGCCGUACAAUACAUUUUUAUCUAAGUUAAGUAUGACUUUAUUAUAGUUGUGCCACAUUGUCCUUAAUAACUCUAAUGCCUGGAGUCUGGGUGUCCCCAUACGUUGCACCGGUGCAGAAUUAACACUAUUAAGGGAGCUCAGGCCCCGCCCAAUGCCAAGGAAUAACCAGUAUUGUGUUCCGAUAGUCUGUGGGUUAAAGACUAUGUACAAAUGCAUUUUAUUUUAAAUAAAAGUCAAACCUUUUAUUUAAU